GGCAACAGCGAUAACAUGUUACCAAAUUGGGCAAAGCUACCCGUUGAGACCAAGAAAGGGACAGCCGAGACGAAACACGACAUUAAAAUCUAGGAGGACGGAUGGCAGUUUGACCCCAACUGCCGCAGUGCCUCCGGGCUGAAAGCCGAAGUAAUCCUCGAGAUGUCACCGGCAUACAUGACACUUGACAUUGGGUCUCCGGCGGAACGAGAGCGAUAUGAUGCUAUCAUGGCUGAACGUGUUAGUUGGAGCCUGGGAUUCGAGAGCUGCGCCUUGUGGACUAGGCCGUCAUCCAACAGGCCAGGCACGAGAUAGUCAACAAGGAUGGCUCCGUGUGGGUGCAGAGAGGCCUGCGACGCAAGCUGAAGACGAGAAGGAGAAGCGGGAGAGCGAGCGGACGAGAAGGACGGUAUUCGGGCCUAGAUCGCCUCGUACGGAGGAGGCGAUGGAGGUGAAGAAGACGUCAGGAAUCGGAGCUUCCAUUUCGCUAUAUUACCGUAGCAUCGACGUCGUGAUCUACGGCUAGAUAGGCCGCGCGCACUAGACCGCUCCGGGGACAGCGAAAGAAAGUCAUGCGAGCUGAGUAUAAGGCCAAUC